AUGGUUAAUGGCUUCGGAUGGAUUGUGUUGAUAUUAAUGGUUUUGACCAUAAUCAUAGCAAUAGCAGGUGACAUCAUCGAAAGCUCCGGCUACAAAAUGAUCAAAUUACUGAACAUCCUCCAGCUGAGUAUCGAAGAUGAUUUUCUGAAGCAGCAGCUCAGCGAAUUCGCCUCUUUGGUCACGGAACUCCGGCCUUCUUUAUCCGUUGCAGGAUUUUUCGACGUCAACAGGAAACUAUUGCCCAUGCUACUAUCCAGUUUCAGCGCUUAUAUCAUCAUUUUGAUCCAGCUGAAACAGUAAUUUACUGCUAACUUUUCACGUAUUUUAUGUACCUUUAUUAUCAAGAGCUGUAGAAGUAUUCACUGUAGUGUUUUCUAUUAAACGCACUAAAUUGCCGGUUAUUUACUAAAACAA